AUGGUGUACCCUUCUCCGUGUUUACGCCCAUGCUCCGACCUCGACCUUCCACUGUGGAAUGAAGAGGUAAUCUGGCAGUUGUGCAAGCAACCAGUGUUCACACUGGUGUUUUUGUCUUGUGAUGCAAUUCCGGCACAAUCUGCUAAAACCCACAGAGGGUCUGUUAUUUGGUGUCCAACAACGAAAUGUCUUCUUAAUGCUACGACUAACUAUAUUCAUUUUGCUGUUCCUCUUCCUCGUCGGCGUCUGUGCUGUUUCAACUUCGUGCCGUUCCCUGAGCGGUUCAGUAUGACAGGAAUGAUAGCAGGGAGGAUCAACACACAGGAAUUCUUCAGCGAAUACGAUGAGGAUGAAGAACGUUUGGUUAUCGAUUUGUUUCGAGAGUACAACUCUCUUAUUCGGCCAGUGCAGAACGUCAGCAGUCCUCCAGUCACCGUCGAUUUCGGUGUGGCGAUGAUUCUUCUCAUCAAUGUGGACGAGAAGAACCAAAUUCUACAGACGAAUGUGUGGCUCACUAUGAAAUGGAAUGAAUUUUCAACUAACGAGGCACCAGAGGAUUCGGAAACAUCACAAAUCUUCAUGUCCCUCCCGAUCGCGUUUGGUUACCGGACAUUGUGCUCUUCAACAAUGCGGACGGCAAUUAUGAGGUGUCCUUCCGAUCGAACGCGUUCGUCGAAUCAAACGGUGACGUCACAUGGGUGCCUCCAGCGAUGUUCAAAAGCAGUUGUCGCAUUGAUGUCGAAUGGUUCCCAUUUGAUGAACAAAGUUGUACGCUCGUAUUCGGGUCAUGGACAUGUGCCAGGUUAUCUCGUGAACAAGAGGGAUACGAAAGAGAGUAAAAUCGUAUUCCACGUUGUUAUUCGAAGGAAAACUUUGUUCUACACGGUGAUCCUCAUUAUUCCUACAGUACUGAUGGCUUUCCUGUCAAUGAUGGCUUUCUAUCUACCGGCCGAUUCUGCAGAAAAGAUCUCAUUGACCAUCAACCUUCUGCUCGCUUUGGUUGUAUUCUACCUCCCACUUCGAAUAUUCCACUCAUGGGCAAGUAUCUCCUCCUUAGCAUUUGUGCUCAACAUCACUACUGUUGUGGUCACGGUGGUGAUAGUGAAUGUCUACUUCCGAAGCGCCAUUUCGCAUGAGAUGCCAGACUAUGUACGGCACAUAUUCCUCGAUUUUCUCCCUCGAGUUCUCAUGAUGAAGCGACCAGAGAGGAUCCCGAUUUUCAACGGAUAUUUUGUUGAAGAAUAUUCUGCCUCGGAAAUAUUCGAUGCAAGUCUCAUCAUGCCUUCAGUGACAGCAACGAUGGUUCCCUUUCUUCGUGUGGGAACGCCUGUGGUGUCUCAGGAACCUAUGAUUGACGAGGAGGAUCACCAUCAAAAUUGCUCAAAAUGGCGUAAGAUAUCGAAAAAGCUAUCCCUGAAGCGGAAACGAAAUGAGCGUGUUCAAGAAUCCUGCUUGGGCGACCAGAACGCGAACAAGGAGACGCAUGCGGCUAGAAUCAGUCGGGAAAUGAAGACAACCGUGGAGGCGAUCGCGUACAUUGCCGAACAUAUGAAAGGCGAAAUGAACGACAAA